AGGAUACGGCGGCUGGACCGGCGCCUGCGGCGGAGGUGUUAGCCAACGGGAAAAUUGAUUGGCUCUUCGGCAUCUCUGGCUCGGCCGUCCGGCUCAGUUCCUCAUCACCGGCGCGCCGAGAAGAGCGGAGGCUGGAAGCUCGCCGGCGGUGGCCUCCAAAGUAGAUCCCGGGCUGGCGCGCCCUUGGGCUCCCACCUGCCUUUUCCCCUCCAACGAUCCACAUUCCUGGGACCCCCCCCCCCACCUGCCCCGUCCCCUCCGGGUCGACUUUCUCGAGUGUUUCGGUUGCCGCGUUCUUGCAGGAUCGAAAACUUCGCAACUUGUUCGCCGGGCGCCUUCGGAGCGUCCGCUUCCUUUUUUCCUCCCAGUGCGAUUCGGCCACGAGGUGCUGAUGCCCUCUCUCCCCCUCCUCAGCUAGGGAGUGGGGGGGCGCCCGGCAGCGCCUGGGCGCUCAGGCCUCGCCGGGAAGGAUCGCCGGAGCAGAAAGGCGGCAUGAGAGAAGCGCGCAGAGCCAGGGCAGAGGAUCGGGUGCAGAAGCCAGAGCGCGGGGCCGGGACCGCAACAUCGCCCGGCAACCCGGACGCCUUUCCGCGGCUUCAGUUUCUGAUUUUGGAAUUGGCAGGGCAAGGCUUUUGCAAGACUUAAGGUGUUGGGUUUAUCUUUCUUAUCCUCUUUUUUAUUUGGGGGGGAACCUGGAAAUACGGAUUUCCAAGCCCUUCGAUCAGAACCGCAGUAACUCCGAUUCCCGCGCCUGCUAAAAUAUCCCCCGCCCGCUCCAACUUCGAACCCCCCAACUCUUCCGAGCAACGUUGCAAACGGCUGGACUCCCCUCCCCCCCAACCCCUUUUUGGCAAUUCCUUCCCGCGCAAAGCCGCCGCUUUAUUAUUGGAAGGAGACUUAAGGAAGGGGGGGGGUCGAUCUCGCUUUAAAUCUUGCCCCCUUCCCCCCUCCCCGAGAGGGAGGGAGGGAAAAAAAAAGGAUCCCUCGCGAUGGCCGCGAGCGGUGACUCGGCCAGCGCGAUCCCCACUCGGGCCGGUUGGAGCCCGCGGGAGGACGAGCCCGCCUCGGCAACGGUCGCCGCGACAGCAGCGGCGGAAGAGGGAGCCUUCGGAGCCCGUUGCAACGGCUGCUGCUCCUUAGCCGGCCCGAAGGAAGUGAAGCAAAGCAGCAGCAGCAACCGGCGGGAAGGAGGCUCCUUCAGCGGCGAGAGCGCGUCGCCCCGGACUUGUCAAAGAAACAAACUUCCCUGGGUUUUGGGCGCCGGGUCGGUGGCGCUGCUCCUGGCUUUGGGGACCCGCCUGGGGCCGGACGUCCGAGGUCGAGAUCGAGAAGAAGCGGGCGAAGGGCUCCCCCCAGGUGAGCCCAGCUGGUCCCCGCCGCCCGGCCCGGCGCUGUGCUGCUGCUGCCUCCUCCUGGCCGCCUACUUCUGGCUGGGACUGGAGCUGCUGCGCGCCGGGCUCCGCUUGCGCACCGCCGUCCUGCUCCUGGCCGUCUGCUGCUGCGGCGGGGAAGCGCUCGUCGGCUCGGCACCGAGGGAAGAUCGCUUGCUCUCCGCCGCCGCCGCCGGCUUGGGGCUGAGCAGCCUGGCCGGCUGGGCAUGGCUGCUUCUGCCCCGGUUCCGCCACGGCGUCCUCAUGCUGGCCUUGACUAGCGCGCUCCGCCUCACCUCGCUCGUCUUCUUGGAGGGCGUCCGGCCGCCGUGGAGACCUCACCUGGCUUAUCUCCUGGCUUUGCUGGGCAUCCUUCUGGCCAGCUGCGCUCGGCACGCCUCGUCGGGCCGCCCCUCCGGAAAGCGGGAGGAGGAGAAGAGCCGAGCAGGAGCGGAAGGAGCCGACUCCGCCGCCGCCGCUGCCGCUGCUGACGCCCGGCCGGCCAAAGAAGACGCGGCGGGCUUGAAGAGGAGGCGGCGGUCCAGCUCCGUGAUCUCCGCCGAGAUGGCAGGUUGCGGCGGCAAGAGCCACCGGAGGACCUCUCUGCCCUGCAUCCCUCGCGAGCAGAUCAUGGGAUAUUCUGAAUGGGAUCAUAAACGAGGAUCAAGAGAAUCUCAGUCUUCGGGGACCAGUAUUACAGUAGAUAUCGCCGUCAUGGGAGAAGCUCACGGACUCAUUACCGACCUUCUAGCAGAUCCUUCGUUACCACCGAAUGUCUGCACCUCCCUCCGAGCAGUGAGCAACCUGCUCAGCACACAGUUGACCUUCCCAGCUAUUCACAGACCAAGAGUCAAUACUUUGGCAUCUUUCAAUGAAAAUUACACCUGUUCUGACACAGAAGAAUGUUCAGAGAAGGGAGAAAAGCUUACUAUUCCCAAGCGCUUUCGGAAAAGCCUGCCCCCUGGUCUUCUACGGCGAGUGUCGUCCACUUGGACAACAACCACCUCUGCCACUGGUUUACCCACGUUGGAGCCAGCUUCUGUUAGAAGGGACCGCAGUCCCAGCAUCAAACUUUAUGAUACGUCAUCAUCCAGUCAUACCAUUUUAUUCUUCAGCUGUGGCAGGCUAUACAGCCCAACAGACCCCAGAGAAGGAAUGCUGGAUAGGAAUGAUGGUGCCGCACACACUUUGAACAGAACAGAUGAUCCUGCGCAGGCCACCUCCGACUAUGAGACGAAUAACAGCGACAGCAGUGACAUUGUGCAGAAUGAAGACGAGACAUCUUGUGCCAAGGAGAAGAGCCAGGCGGGCCCGCACUGCAGGACGUUUGCCCCAGAGACGGUCAUUUUGCAUCCUUUGCUGCCUGUGGAGGAAAAGCCUAUCCUUGCCCCCGAGCCUCUAAUAAUGGACAAUUUGGACCCAUUAAUGGAGCAACUAAACAGUUGGAAUUUCCCAAUCUUUGAUUUGGUAGACAAAACCAACAGGAGAUGUGGUCGGAUUUUAAGUCAGGUAUCCUAUAGGCUAUUUGAGGAUAUGGGUCUCUUUGAAACUUUUAAAAUCCCUAUACAAGAGUUUAUGAACUAUUUCCAUGCCUUAGAAUGUGGAUAUCGGGAGAUACCUUAUCAUAACAGAAUUCAUGCUACUGAUGUCCUCCAUGCUGUCUGGUACCUUUCGUCCCAGCCCAUCCCUGGCCUCCCAACUAUGAUUAAUGACCAUGGAUCAGCAAGUGAUUCAGAUUCAGAUAGUGGGAUCCCUCACAGCCACUUGGGAUACGUAUUGUCAAAAACGUACACGCCAACAGAUGACAACUACGGGUGCUUGGCGGGCAACAUUCCAUCCCUUGAAUUGAUGGCCCUCUAUGUAGCGGCUGCCAUGCAUGACUAUGAUCACCCAGGGAGAACCAAUGCCUUCUUGGUGGCAACAAGCGCUCCUCAGGCUGUUCUAUAUAAUGACCGUUCUGUUCUGGAGAACCAUCAUGCGGCGGCUGCAUGGAAUCUUUUCAUGUCCAGGCCAGAAUAUAAUUUUUUAAUCCAUCUUGAUCAUGUGGAGUUCAAGCAUUUCCGCUUCCUUGUCAUCGAGGCCAUUUUGGCCACUGAUCUGAAGAAGCACUUUGAUUUUGUAGCUAAAUUCAAUGCCAAGGUGAAUGACGAUGCAGGCAUUGAUUGGACAAACGAGAACGACCGAUUAUUGGUUUGUCAGAUGUGCAUCAAACUGGCCGAUAUCAAUGGUCCAGCCAAAUACAAAGAUUUACAUCUAAAGUGGACAGACGGCAUUGUGAAUGAAUUUUAUGAACAGGGUGAUGAAGAAGCCAGCUUAGGUCUCCCCAUCAGCCCUUUCAUGGACCGCUCUGCUCCGCAGUUAGCAAAACUCCAAGAAUCCUUCAUCACUCACAUUGUGGGACCCCUGUGUAACUCCUAUGACUCAGCAGGACUGAUGCCAGGUAAAUGGAUUGAAGACAACGAUGAGUCAGGAGAUACAGAUGAACACGAAGAGGAUUCCCUAGACAUGGACUCCUGUGACAGCCAUGAAGCAAGAAAGAAAAGGAGGAAAGUCUACUGCCAGAUAACCCAGCACUUGCUGCAGAACCAUCAGAUGUGGAAGAAGGUCAUUGAAGAGGAAGAGAGGAGAGCUGCAAAGGACAAGCAAAGUGGGGAGCCAAGAACAGCAUUGCACCCGUCCUCUGAACAAAUAGAGGCUAUUAAAGAGGAGGAAGAGGAGAAAGGAAAGGCCAAAGAGGAAGAAGACAAAACAGCUUCAGAAACAAACCAAUGACAGUGACAGGAAUUUUGUACAGUAUUUGGUGCAAGGACAUCUUGCAUACAAGCCAGCACAAUGUUUAGACACAACACUGUAGAAAUAUGGGGUAAUUCACCUACAGCUGUUUAAGUUUUCCUUCCUUCCUUCCUUCUUGCCUUUCUUCCCAUGAGGUACAUUGCUUUCACAGUUGAAACGGCCAUUUUUACAAACUUUAAAAUACAUUGGAGAAUUAUAUA